AUGGCGGAGCUGGGCAUGUCAACAGGUGAUCUCGUAAACAAUGCUAAACCAGCUCGGAUUGCGCAGUACAUCGCUGCUCUGUCAGCAACGAUGGGGGCCUUCUGCUUCGGCACAGUCCUUGGUUACUCCUCCCCUGCGGGCAUCUUACUGACCAGCAACUCCACCGACAGUUCCCUGCAGCUGACCACCGUCGAAAACAGCUGGUUCUCCUCGUCAGUCAACCUCGGGGCUCUCGUGGGAGGACCCAUCGGCGGCCUCUGCAUCAACGCCAUCGGGCGGCGGGGAACCAUGCUGGCCCUGUCCCCUAUUUUCUUCGGGUCCUGGGCGAUCAUCGCUUUCGGUCAAAACUUCGCCAUGCUCUUGGUGGGUCGCGUCAUCGCUGGAUUGUGCACAGGGGUAGUGUGCAUUGCAGCUCCCACCUUUAUCGGGGAAUUCGCCUCUGCUGACAUCCGGGGAACGUUAGGCGCAGGUUUCCAGCUGAUGGCGGGUGCUGGUAUUCUCUACGCAUACAUCUUCGGCGCCUUUAUAAACAGCUGGCAAAUAUUGGCAGUUGUAUGCGCUGUCCCGACAAUCAUUUUCUGCGUGUUAAUGGUCUUCUCCAAGGAGUCCCCGAGUUACCUGCUCUCAAAGGGGAAGGAUAAGGAGGCCCAGGAUUCUAUGCGAUAUUUCAGAGGACCCGACUACAACAUCCAGCCGGAGAUGCAGAUGCUGAAACAGAGCCUCGAGGACUCCAAAGCGAACAAAGCUUCUUUCUCAGACCUCAAGCAGGGGUAUAUCUUGAAGCCUCUCCUUAUCUCUCUUGCACUCAUGUUAUUCCAGCAACUCUCGGGCGUCAACGCUGUUCUCUUUAACUUGAAGGCUAUCUUUGUGGAGUCAGGAACAGACCUCUCCGAUGACGUCAGCUCCAUUAUCGUCGGUGUAGUUCAAGUUCUGGCCACUGUUGUCGCUAGUGUGCUUAUGGACAGAGCCGGCAGGAAAUUUCUUCUGAUCUCAUCUUCGGGAGCUAUGACAGUUGCUCUCGUUGGUCUCGGAGUCUUCUUCUACCUGAAAGACAACGGUGACGUCAGCGCCCUCGGAUGGCUCCCUAUUACGUCAUUGAUGCUUUUCAUUGCGGCAUUCAGUUUCGGCUUCGGACCUAUACCUUGGCUCAUGAUGAGCGAACUUUUCACACCCAACGUCCGUGAAUCUGCCAGCGGUCUAAGCACAAUGACAAACUGGGGAAUGUCUUUCAUUGUCACGUAUUUCUUCGAGAGUAUGAGGGAUGCCAUCCACGAAUACGGUGUGUACUGGCUCUUCGGUGGUAUCUGCGCCGUCAGCUUGGUCUUCUGUGUCCUGGUGGUGCCGGAGACGAAGGGAAAGACCCUGCAGGAGAUCACGGCGAUCUUUGGGGGUCCUACCACGUCCCCAACGCCCGCCAGAACUUCAUCGUCUUCGUCAGCGUCCGAGAAAAUGAGAUGGUAGACAUGAAGGACAUACUCGUCGCGGUUGGUUGAAGGAUCAGCUGGUCACGGAGGGUUGGAGGAUCUUCGAGCCAUGAAUUACUCAGGGGUCUUCGAGGGUCGGAAAAAGAGAUCCUUGAGUUCGAAGGCUAUCGCUGGGACGUGAGAUGGAAGGAUCCUUGAGAAAACGGAAGGCAUUGAGGUUUUCCCCCAAAAGGACUUACAGGACCAAAGGCAGUCUAUUGACUUUAAGAUUUCUUUCCUUGUUUAAUAGCAAAUGAAAAAAAAAAAAAUACGAUACAAAAAAAAGUAUAAAACAGCAUGCUGGCUUUGGUAAAGAGAAGCGCAGAAUUCACACAGUGCAUGACAACUAUACCAUGAAUAACCCAUGCUUUCCUGUCAAAAUCUGACAAUUACCAACACUAGUUCUCAUUUGUGAACAAAAUUGAUAUAUCUAAAUGCAACAGACCGAUGUGCUAUGUUUGAAGUGACUCUAGGUAAAUAUUGCAAUAUAAGGAAAUAUAAUAUUAUUUGCAUAUAUCGCCAUGUUCACUAUGCAGGCAAUUUUAUACUACUGGCAAGUUUAA